AGUCGGUCCCGAGAGCGGCAGCGGGGCGGCGGGCUGCAGCCUUCCGAGCGCGCUCUUGAGGAGACCGCGGUAUCUGCGGGCGUCGUGUAAGGAGGCUUGAAGCCCAGAGAAUCGCGCAGCGCCAUGGCCCCCAUUGGUCUCAAAGCUGUGGUCGGAGAGAAGAUCAUGCAUGAUGUGAUAAAGAAGGUGAAGAAGAAGGGGGAGUGGAAGGUGCUGGUGGUGGACCAGCUAAGCAUGAGGAUGCUCUCCUCCUGUUGCAAGAUGACGGACAUCAUGACUGAAGGAAUAACAAUUGUGGAAGACAUUAACAAGCGCAGAGAACCACUCCCCAGCCUGGAGGCUGUGUACCUCAUCACCCCAUCUGAGAAGUCUGUCCACUCUCUCAUCAGUGACUUUAAGGACCCACCAACUGCUAAGUACCGGGCUGCACAUGUCUUCUUCACUGACUCUUGCCCAGAUGCCCUGUUUAACGAGCUGGUAAAAUCUCGAGCAGCCAAAGUCAUCAAAACGCUGACGGAAAUCAACAUUGCGUUUCUCCCAUAUGAAUCCCAGGUAUAUUCCUUGGACUCUGCUGACUCUUUCCAAAGCUUCUAUAGUCCCCACAAAGCUCAGAUGAAGAAUCCUAUACUAGAGCGCCUGGCAGAGCAGAUUGCAACCCUGUGUGCCACCUUGAAGGAGUACCCAGCUGUGCGGUAUCGGGGGGAGUACAAGGACAAUGCCUUGCUGGCUCAACUAAUCCAGGACAAACUCGACGCCUAUAAAGCUGAUGAUCCAACCAUGGGGGAAGGUCCUGACAAGGCACGCUCCCAGCUGCUGAUCCUGGAUCGGGGCUUUGACCCUAGCUCCCCUGUGCUUCAUGAGUUGACUUUUCAGGCCAUGAGUUACGACCUGCUGCCUAUUGAAAAUGACGUUUACAAGUACGAGACCAGUGGCAUUGGGGAGGCACGGGUAAAGGAAGUGCUCCUGGACGAGGACGACGACCUGUGGAUAGCGCUUCGCCACAAGCACAUCGCAGAGGUGUCCCAGGAAGUCACCCGGUCUCUGAAAGACUUUUCUUCUAGCAAGAGAAUGAAUACUGGAGAAAAGACCACCAUGCGGGACCUGUCCCAGAUGCUGAAGAAGAUGCCCCAAUAUCAGAAAGAACUCAGCAAGUACUCCACCCACCUGCACCUUGCCGAGGACUGCAUGAAGCACUACCAAGGCACCGUGGACAAGCUCUGCCGAGUAGAGCAGGACCUGGCGAUGGGCACAGAUGCUGAGGGGGAGAAGAUCAAGGACCCCAUGAGAGCCAUCGUCCCCAUUCUGUUGGAUGCGAACGUCAGCACUUACGACAAAAUCCGCAUCAUCCUCCUCUACAUCUUUCUGAAGAACGGCAUCACUGAGGAAAACCUGAACAAACUGAUCCAGCACGCCCAGAUCCCCCCAGAGGACAGUGAGAUCAUCACCAACAUGGCCCACCUGGGUGUGCCCAUCGUCACGGAUUCCACGCUGCGCCGCAGGAGCAAGCCGGAGCGGAAGGAGCGCAUCAGUGAGCAGACUUACCAGCUCUCACGGUGGACCCCGAUUAUUAAGGACAUCAUGGAGGACACAAUCGAGGACAAACUUGACACCAAGCACUACCCGUACAUCUCCACCCGCUCCUCUGCCUCCUUCAGCACCACUGCUGUCAGCGCCCGCUACGGGCACUGGCACAAGAACAAGGCCCCAGGGGAGUACCGCAGUGGGCCCCGCCUUAUCAUUUUCAUCCUGGGGGGCGUGAGCCUGAACGAGAUGCGCUGUGCUUACGAGGUGACCCAGGCCAACGGCAAGUGGGAAGUGCUGAUAGGUUCUACUCACAUUCUUACUCCCACCAAAUUUCUCAUGGACCUGAGACACCCCGACUUCAGGGAGUCCUCUAGGGUAUCUUUUGAGGAUCAGGCUCCAACAAUGGAGUGAGAGCCAAAGAAACAAAGAUCCACGCACAUUCUCACCCCACAGAAACUGCUGGACACGCUGAAGAAACUGAAUAAAACAGAAGAAGAAAUAAGCAGUUAAACAAUAAGCCGCCCCUCCAAGCCGCGCCCUCCCACUGCUCUGAGCCCCUAGCGCAGGCCGGUGUCUUGCUGCCUCCCCGCCCUGCACGCCCUGGCCGGCCCGCACUGCUCGUGUUUAAUGAUGCCCUCCUCCAGUGUGAACCGAGAAUAAUGCAUUGUGUUUUUUAAAAAGAUAUAUAUGUAUCCUACAAGAAGUUCCUGUGCAAGCUGCAGAAAUUUUGGAAUUCUUGAGAAUGAAUGGACUCCUCCCCCUCAUUUAUGAUCCUGUGACCUUGUACAUAGCCACCUUCGUCGCGUGCAAACUGCUCGAGUACGGAAAGGUAGAAGUUUGGGUCUUUUAAAAAUGUGUAUUGGGUUUUUCCUGUUCUUGCUGGGAAUCACAGAGCCGUCUGUGUCCUUCAGGUAUUUCACACUGAGGAUUAAUCUGUUACCUCCUCUCCUGUUCCUAUCCCUCGGUGUCUGCUCACAUCCAGAUAAGCUGGGAAAUGACAAUCAGGGGACAGACACCUCACAAAGUUGAGAUGGAACUGGCUCUUUGCUUUCCCUCCCAGCUUGUGCCCCAGAGAUGCAGCUGUGGGUGGGGCUGGAGAGUGUCCAUGAGGCCAGGCUGGGUGUCCCCUGGUGUCUUCCACAGUGUGGCCCUGCUUCCCCAGGCCUGUGGCCACACUGUGUGACCCUGAGAAAGAUCCUUCCCAGCCUAGGUCACUAUGCACAAGACAAUGAAAAGCAGACUCCUCCCCAGACGGAGAAGCAGUUAGGGUUGACACACUGACCAGGUCCCUUGCCUGGGGCAUCACCCCUCACAGCUCCUGUUCCCCAGAAGGAUCAGCCUGGGUUGAGUUCAAGGUCAGGACUGGACUGGAACAGGUGGUUCCUGACAGCCGUGGAGAAGGGCCCGUCGAGCUGAUGCUGACGCUGUCCCCACUCCACACGCAGCCUUGUCAGGUUGUCCUCAGUUUAAGAUACUUUGUGGUACUUUAUUUUGAGUGAUGUGUAGUCAUAUGUCAUCGUGGUUGUGAGAGGCCCAUCGUCUUUCUCCUGUGCAAUGGUGUCGCUAUGAAGCAGAGGGGAAGAGCAGGUGCUGGAGGUGCGCCCGUCCCCAGGUCUCGGCAGCUCCCGUCUCAGGAGCGAGCACACGUCGUUCUGCUGCUGUUGUCGUGAAAUAUAAUGACAGUGGAAGUCACAAAAAAUGUCCCCUGCCCCGGCCCUCGCCGCCCUUGCCUCCCGCAGACUGUGUGUAUAUUACUGUGUCUCGUGACGUCCUUGCAAACGUGAUGUGCGCUUGCCCCGCCCGCCCGCCCGCCUUCCUUGGAGAAUAGUCCUGGACGCACUGUCACUGUGGUGUCCUCUCCUGCUGGCUCUGGAAUCUCCUGUGCACUCUACUUAGCUCCCAGGUCUCCUGUCGCCUUCUCCCCUUGAGAUCCUGCCUCCUUAGGACAGAACCCUAGGACCUGCGCUGGUUGGUUUCUUACGGUCCCCGCUUGUUUUGUCCCCUCCCUCCGACCAAGCAACGCUCACGCUUUAGAACCUUGUUUGUCAAACAUGUUGGUUUUCCUUUCUCUGUUAUUUAUAUAAAAAAUAAUUUAUCAAAAGGAUAUUUUAAAAAAAAAGCUAGUCUGUCUUGAAACUUGUUUACCUUGAAAUUAUCAGAAUCUCAGUGUUUGAAAGUAUUGAAGCACAAACAUGUAUCCUCCGUACCGUUCUGUACUGAAGCACUUGAGUCUAAUAAAUAAAGAAUCAGCGCCCACUGCUGCUGUCCAGG